GCACUUCAAGUCCGCCACGCGGACACGAAAAUGAAACCAAUGGCAUGGCUGCGUUCCAUGCUGCUCGAUAGCUGAUUCAAUUUUUCGCAUGAGACAAUUUUACAGCAAAGUUUGCCCGCGUUUCUCGUUGCUACACCGGUUAUAUUCAGUAAUGAGUUCAGAGAAACGCAUUAAGGCGGCCCUCAUCGAUUUGAGUGGCACGUUACAUGUCGAAGACAAUAUCAUUCCAAGGGCUGUUGAAGCUCUCGAAAGGUUACGUGCUGCCGGAAUAAAGAUCAAAUUUGUGACAAACACGACUAAGGAAUCGCGACGACUACUGCACGAGCGGUUGCUUAGUUUAGGUUUCAAGAUUUCCUUGGACGAAAUUUUCUCGUCCUUGACUGCUGCCAGGGCCUUCGUAGAGAUCCGAAACCUGAGACCUCACCUUAUGGUGUCCGAGGCUGCCAUGGAAGAGUUUCAAGGUUUGGAUACAAACGAGCCCAAUGCUGUACUUGUUGGAUUGGCACCAGAAAAAUUCGACUAUGGUCCACUGAAUGAAGCAUUCAGGUUAAUACUAAGUGGAGCACUGCUUGUUGCAAUCCAUAAAGCACGCUACUACCGCACAAACGAUUAUCUGGCCUUGGGACCAGGCCCAUUUGUCAAGGCGCUAGAGUUUGCCACCGACAAAACAGCCCAAAUUGUGGGCAAACCUGAGAAGACUUUCUUCCUGACUGCUCUCAGACAACUUCAGGCCCGACCGGAAGACACUGUUAUGAUUGGUGAUGAUGUCCGGGAUGACAUUGAUGGGGCUCAACAAGUUGGCAUCCGAGGAAUUCUAGUGCAGACAGGGAAAUACAUGGUCGGUGAUGAGCUCAAGAUAGAAAACCGUCCUUGGGCCUUGGUCCCAUCAUUUGUUGAUGCCGUGGACAUCAUACUUAAUCCAAAGUGCUAGGAGUGGUCUGUAUAUAACGAAACCUAUAUGCCAGAGAGACUGGCUACAUAUUAUGUAAUAAAGUCCUUCUACUCAA